GAGCGGUCGCUCAUCGUUGAGCAGCUUUAGUCGCAGCAAAUCUGUCGCCUCACAAUGACUGACUGCUCUCUCUAGAUCUGACAGCUGCCAAUGGCGACGGCGCACGUAGCAGGGUGAGAGCGCAUCACGUGAUCAGGGGCUGAUCGCCGUACUGCUCCGGCAAGUUUCGCAAAUUGAUCGUUGCCACAAGUCAUCACCUCCAACUCAGAACAAUGGCUGCCCGUGCUGCACAAAACUCCCUGCGCGCCACGCUUCGCAAGAACUGGUACUCGCCCGAAGUGCUGCCCAUCUUUGCAGUCGUCGGCGUCGCAGUAGGAGGCUGUGGAUGGUACCUCGCCCGCCUCGCUCGGGGUCCCGAUGUCGUCUGGGACCGAAGAGGUAACCCGAGACCUUGGGAGCACAUCAAGCCCGACCAGAACACCAAGCUCUACGCUAUCAAGCCACAUUUGGCUAUCUCGCCACUUUGUGUCUUGCGUCUAAGCCAUCGCAAGUCGCAACUUCGAUAG